UCUCUCUCUCUCUCUCUUUUUGCUUUUUUAAUCUCAUCCUCAUCUCUCUCUCUCUUCUCUGUAGCUUAGUAGCCCUCAAAAAUGGCGGAGCCACCACCGUCUUUCCAUCAGUUCGUGGGUCCUUCGAAACCUCGAUCAUCGAGCAAACGACACUCUUUUUCCUCUUCAACUCAUCCGACUUGCCACCGUCUCUUCCCUUGCCAGUACUGUCCCCGCAAGUUCUACACCUCUCAAGCCCUCGGCGGUCACCAGAACGCUCACAAACGCGAACGCGCCGCUGCUCGUCGCAACCUCGGCGUCCUUGCUCAUUCCUCUCCACCCAUCCUCGACGACAACGCGUUCCUUCGUCCUUACCCUUGUUUCUACCCUAACCCGAUGCAAGGAUCUUCUUCUGGAAACGAACCCGGUCAGGACCAGACGGCGAUGAUGAUGGCUAUGGGUGGUGGCUACGAUCCCUUCCCGUUUCCGUAUCCUUACGUCUACCCAUUUGGAUUGUCUGGUAACGACGGUAACGGCGUCAUGGAUGAAGACGAGCCUCUCGAUCUCGACCUUUCUCUCCGUUUAUGAGUUUUAUAUCAUCUCUGCUUUUUUGGGGUUUGUUUUGUUGUGUUGUUCAGCUAUAUGACUCUUUUAAGUACAACUUUGGAGCUAUCUGUGUUCAUGUCCUACUUUUCAAAUGAUUAACUAAUCUGCUUAGCUUUUUGGAAGA